CUAAUCUGUUAAACCCCUCAUACCCAUCCCACCAUCUCUUUUACCCAACUACCGAGUCUUAAAGACUUCGCCCAUUAAUCCUCUUUUCUCUUUUCAUCUUCCACUCUCUCACUCUUCCAUCCUCUCACUCUUCCAUCCUCUCACUCUUACAUUCAUACCCUCAUCCAUAUACACACAUUCUCCUUUUAAUCUCUACAGAGCGCUUUCUUUAAACCUACCACUUUCUUUUCUUUUCUUUUCUUCUCUUCUCUUUUCUUUCCUUUCUACAUGUUCAAAUCUCUUUAAUCCGUCCCACCCUAAAAACCAUAUUUUUCAAAUUAAAAAAAAAACCAAAAAUCUAUAUCUAUUUUCCAUAUCAUGAUUGGAACAUCCAGUAACGCUCGGGUGAGACAGAUUCUAAUCCUAACAUGUCUCUGCAUCAUCUUCUUACUCUCAUUGAUCAUCAUGGGCCUCGUCGGUGUCCAUGGCAAGAUCACAUUUCGAUCUUUCACUAAAGGAUGUGUGCUCUAUAUGUCCGAUGAUGGUCAAGUCAUCAGUUACAACAAUGGAUACUGUCUCUUCCCUAUCAUCGCUGGUGCAGUCAUCGCUGUCCUUUCCUUAAUCUUUAUUCUUUAUCUCUCCAUGGUCAUUCAUCGGAACGAUGAAUUCAGUCCUCGGUCUCUAUCCUUCCUCUUCUUCAUCCUCUCCACUUUGUUGGCCCUAUUGGCCUUUGCCAUCACAGCCGAGAUCGGCAUUGGCUUGAAUAAAGGAUGUAAACUUUUGGGUGAUCAGUCUGACCGUUGCAGAGCCACAAAGAGUUUUAAAGAACUCUGGGUCGCUGAGAUCUGUGCUGGUAUCGCAGGUGGACUCUGGGUGAUCAUCAUGUUGCUGGAGCUGUUUCAAAUCAAGAGUCACCCUCGAGGACUAAUGACCUCCACUGCUGAUCAUGUCGGUCAGACUACUGUCGUCCCUCAUCGAGCUGACGAUCAACAUCAUCACCGCUCCGUCAGUCUUAAUAACCCAUAUCGAACACAUCCAACAAACGCUGCACCAUCUACUGCAAUUGCAAUGGAUCAUGGCCAUAAAGAAGAGUACACUGGUCCAUAGAUGAAUCAAACCUCCGACUCUAUGUCCAUUGCCAGCAUUAAAAAAAAA